AUGCCUCAAUCCGCUCUUCUCCUCGGUUCCGGCUUCGUUGCCACCCCUGCCGUUGAGGUCCUCUCCAAGGCCGGCAUCCACGUUACCGUUGCUUGCCGUACUCUCGCUUCGGCCAAGAACCUCGCAGGUACCUACGACAACACAAAGGCCAUCAGCCUCGACGUCAAUGACUCCGCCGCCCUCGAGGAGGCCGUCUCCCAGCACGAUAUCACCAUCUCUCUGAUCCCCUACACAUACCAUGUCGCUGUCAUCAAGGCCGCUAUCAAGGCCAAGAAGAAUGUCGUCACUACCUCUUACGUCUCUCCUGCUAUGGAGGAGCUCCACGAGGAGGCUAAGGCUGCUGGUAUUACCGUUCUCAACGAGAUUGGUGUUGACCCUGGUGUCGACCACCUUUACGCUGUUGACUUCAUCGACCGUAUCCAGCAGGAGGGAGGCAAGAUCAAGUCUUUCCGAAGCUUCUGCGGUGGCCUUCCCGCCCCUGAGAACUCCAACAACCCCCUAGGCUACAAGUUCAGCUGGAGCAGCCGCGGUGUCCUUCUGGCCCUCAAGAACAACGCAAAGUACUACGAGGAUAACAAGGAGAUUGACAUCACCGGUGUCGAUCUUAUGGGCACUGCCAAGCCUUACCACACUGGUUACCUAGGAUUCAACUUCGUCGCCUACGGAAACCGUGACAGCACCGGUUACCGUCAACGUUACCGCAUCCCUGAUGCCGAGACCGUCGUCCGAGGAACCAUUCGCUACAACGGUUUCCCCCAGUUCGUCAAGGCCCUUGUCGACAUUGGCUUCCUCCGUGAUGACGAGCAGGACUUCUUCAAGCAGGCUAUCCCCUGGAAGGAGGCCCUCCAGAAGUUCAUCGGUGCUAGCUCAUCAAGCGAGGAGGACCUGACCAAGGCUGUUCUCUCCAAGACCACUUUCAGCGACGAGUCUGUCAAGGCCCAGGUGUUGGCUGGACUCAAGUGGAUUGGUGUCUUCUCCGAUGUCAAGAUCACCCCCCGUGGAACCGCCCUCGACACCCUCUGCGCCUCUCUCGAGGAGAAGAUGGCUUACGAGAAGGGCGAGCGCGACCUUGUGUUCUUGCAACACACCUUCGACGUUGUCAACAAGGACGGCAGCCAGAACACCUGGACUUCCACACUUGUCGAGUACGGUGCCCCUGAGGGCUCCGGUGGCUUCUCCGCCAUGUCCAGACUCGUCGGUGUUCCUUGUGGUGUCGCCGUCAAGCUGGUCCUCGACGGUACCAUCACAGACAAGGGUGUCGUCGCCCCUGUGUACCCCAGCCUUGCCAGGACAUUGAUGAAGACUCUCAGGGACGACUACGGUAUCGAGUGCAAGGAGAAGAUCAUUGCCUAA